CCAUCCACUUGGAUCUUGACAUUGACAUUUUACCGUCCGGCUAUCGAGAUACUUUCCGUGGGGACAAGGACAUCGACAACGGGACGCGUGGUGCGGCUUUUUCUCGUCCUCUCGGUUUCAAAGAAUGAAUCCAUCUACGCAUGUGGCUCUCCGUCACAAACGACACCAUCUUGCGCCAUCCUUAUAAAUGGAGUGCGCCUCCACGUGCUUUGUCACUGCAUUCCAGCACCCCAGAGGUACAAUGUACUCGUACUGUACGCCAACGCUCGGAGAUGAGGCGAGUCAGAGGUGAUCCGCCCCUCUUUUCAUUCCGAAUACUGUGCCGGUGUGGAUGGUAGUUUAAUAGGGUCAAUAUGCGGUAGGGGCAGCGCACAGUAUGGUGUUGAUUGGCGUCGACGGGCCAUGUUUUUUCCCGCCUUCGUUGUGCUU